UAUAAAAAAAUCAGAGUUUUUUUUCCUGUUUACUCUCCAAAACAAAAGAAAGCUUGAAUUUUUCCAAACAUCUGCUGCCUGCCGAAGCAUUCCUCGUCCACCCCAUUUCAUUUGCUGUUUGCUGUUUGGUUCUUCCAUUGAACGGCACAGAGCGGCAUUCUCCGGUUGGUUUGUCUUCCUCAUGGAACGAGGAUUAAAAAAAAAAAACGAGUCUUGGCGGUUGCUCUCGCAAGACGGGGGAGUAAAUCAUUAAAGGAGAAGGGCAAGCAAAGCAAAGGCAUACAUUUGACGGUUGUUCUGUGUCGGUUUCAGGGCUUGCAGAGAGUUAGGUCGUGGUUUGGCAGUACGAGGUGAUUGAUUUAUUCUUGCAAUGUGGGUGUGUCUUUGAGAUCAUCACUCGCGGAAUCGAACUGGGUUGCCUGCCAAUUUUUGCCGAUUUGAAGAAAGGCUCAGGUUUUCGAUGAAGCGGCGAUGAGGUGUGAAGGGGUGGAGAGAUGGAGGUUGGUAAAUCGGAGGGAAGUAAUAGUGUGAUACAGGUGAGGUGUGAUAAGCUUCCGGGUCCGGCUUUCCCGAGGACCCGAUUGCAGGUCUGGUUCAUAUGGGUGUGUUCCAGCAUUCUGCUUUGGACGUGUUUGGUUCAGUUAGUGACGGUCGGGGAGCUUUGGCACCCUCAAUUCCUUAACAAGAUUUCGAAUCGGUUAUCUCACUAUCCCUUGCCUGUAGUAAUCGAAGACCCUGUGCAGUCACCGCCACCUCUUGUUCCUGCAAGGAACUAUACCAGUAAUGGGUUCCUUAAAGUGUCAUGCAAUGGGGGCCUGAAUCAAAUGCGAGCUGCAAUAUGUGAUAUGGUGGCUAUUGCUCGGCUUUUGAACCUCACCUUGGUUGUACCAGAGCUGGACAAGAAGUCUUUUUGGGCCGACCCUAGUAAUUUCGAUGACAUCUUUAACGCGAGGCACUUUAUCAAUUCUUUGAGAGAUGAAGUUCGAAUAAUCAAGAGGCUACCGAAACGAUAUCACAUGAAAUAUGGCUACCAGCCACUAGAGAUGCCUCCAAUAAGCUGGUCAAAUGAAAAGUAUUACCUAGAACAGAUUUUUCCACUUCUCAGCAAGCAUAAGGUGUUACAUUUUAACAAAACCGAUGCUCGUUUGGCAAACAAUGGGUUACCUCUUGAGCUUCAGAGACUCAGAUGCCGCGUCAAUUUUCAGGCACUGAAAUUUACUCCUCAGAUCGAGACUUUGGGCCACAAGUUAGUCCGGAUUCUUCAAGCAAAGGGGCCCUUUGUGGCUUUGCAUCUCAGAUAUGAGAUGGAUAUGUUAGCAUUCUCAGGUUGUACCCAAGGAUGCACACUGGAAGAAGCAGAGGAACUCAAACACAUGAGAUAUGCAUUCCCUUGGUGGAGGGAGAAAGAGAUAGUAUCUGAAGAAAGAAGAUCUCAAGGUCUUUGUCCUCUGACGCCUGAGGAAACGGCGUUAGUCUUACAAUCAUUAGGUUUCAGUAAGGAGACUCCAAUAUAUAUUGCUUCAGGGGAGAUAUAUGGCAGUGAACGGAGACUUGCAGCACUAAGGGCUGCAUUUCCUCGAAUUGUGAAAAAGGAAAUGUUGCUGGACCCAGAGGAAUUGAAGCAGUUCCACAACCAUUCCUCGCAAAUGGCAGCCCUUGAUUUCAUAGUCUCUGUAGCGAGCCACACUUUCAUCCCUACCUAUGAUGGAAAUAUGGCAAAGCUCGUAGAAGGCCACCGUAGGUAUCUUGGGUUUAAGAGGACAAUUUUACUAGAUCGUCAGAAGCUUGUGGAGCUGCUCGAUCUGCAUCAAAAUGGGACAAUUACGCGGGACGAGUUCAAAUCCUCUGUGCGCAAGGUGCAUGAAAAGAGAAUGGGACAGCCUGCCCAUCGUAGGGUUAUACCCGAUAAGCCCAAGGAAGAGGACUACUUCUACUCAAAUCCUCAAGAGUGCCUUUGCGGGGCACCUAAUUGCGAUGAUUUGCGGGGCUCAGGUCAUGCAAACUCUACUGCUGGGGAAUAGCAUCAAAGCAUCAAAAUGGUAUUCCAUGCAGUCCAGGCCAGUCGAAGGUUAACAUGUCUGGCUUCUCGUGCUAUAUUCAGAAGAAAAUGCAUGCAUGGGCAAACACCGAGACCCCAAAUGCUCCCGAAAGAAGAGGCAGAGUAGAAGGGCGUCCUUUGGGCAUAUCAAGAAGAUGAAUAUCUUCAAAUUUUUUCUUGUUCAUAAGUUAUAAAAGGGAAAUUUCUUAUUCUUCUCUUGUUUGGUCCUGAGAUUGACGUUAACGGAAUUCCAAAAUCAAUCAUAUAGAUCUUGCAAUUUUUCAA